AUGAUCAAUCGACCUUCAUCGGGAAAAACUUAUGGCAGGCCAACAAGUGCCUACAGCAGCAGCAAUAAUAAUAAUAGUGGAACAACCAACAUUACAUCAACGUCCAGGAAGGAAAAUGCAGAUCACUCUUCCUCAAGUUUGCCUGCAAUGUCCAAUGUAAAUAACAAUAACAACCUUCAUUCCAUUCUCAAUACGAAUAGUCGGGAACGAGAGCAAUCACCCCUUCAUGGAACUACAACAGGUCAUCAACAGGCUCUCAACACCUCAUCGUCGAUUAUUCAAAAUGAUCGAUCCUUUUUUUCAAACAUUAAUCUUAAUACAACGACCAACAACGUUUAUAAUUCAACAACAGCAGUGAUGGUAAACAAUAACAACAAUACAAUUUCGAGCGCAUUAUCGCCGAGCUCAUCUUUCUAUGUCAUCUUGAAUGGAGUGAUCAGCUAUUGUGAAUAUCCAGGAAAUCACAACAUUUCAUGCAGUUUCCAAUUUGUUUAUGGGCAAGAUUGGGAAGUGGUGCGCUCAACAGGAGAAGGUGCAAGUUUGGAGAGUGGAAUCACACAAGUAGCAAUGAGACCUAGAGGUAUCAAUUCGAAGAGUGUUUGGAAUUUUCCAUUGGAGAUAUCAUUUCGAAGUACCAAUCCGUAUGGUUGGCCCAAACUCUGUCUCGUGGUUCAAGAAGGAACAAGCAAGCAAACCAUUCUCGGGUAUGGGUGGGUUCAAGUGCCAGUGGGAGCCGGGAAGCACACAAGGACGGUGAAACUAUUCAAACCACAGAGUACAUCACUCAUACAGAAAAUCAUUGGUUCCGUGAAAGGAGUGGCUCCAGAGUAUUUUGAUUCCACACUGGUGUGCAAAGGAGAAGGAAGAGAAGUGACCAGAACUGAAUGUGUCGGAGGUGAAGUUACUGUUGAAUUCAAUAUUAUGCAUAAAGGCAUGUCUCAAUUCGGAUUUGAAACAUUUUCACAGCAGUAA